GUAAACAGUUGUUUCAGCUUGGUUAUGACUGACUGUAUUGAUAACAUUUAAAUACUAUUAUUAGUUUCUGUAAUUUCAUAUUUUCUAUAUGAAUUUAUUUGUUAUCCAAUCAUCUUAUAACUUGAAACUGAAAUAAAUAGAAUGGCACUUUCUGUGAAAGCAUUGACAUCACUUUUGAGUUUAUUAGAGGAUGAUAACACUGAAAAUCAGACUUUUGAAUACUUCGUACAACAUCUCUACCAAAUAUUUGGGAAGCAGGACAGCUACAAAGUUGGAUGUGCACUAACGCUCCUGCUGCAACAAACCGAUCUACUACCGAAGGCUUCUCAAAGGCUAGUAGCAAUCGUACUGCUGUAUGAGUUGUAUCGUGGAGAUCCCAUUGCAACUAAUCCUUUUUGCUCAGUUUUCAUUCAACUGCUGCACCACCAGGAUGGAGCAUUGAAAAAUCAGAGGAAAGAUCAUGCAAGAAUCUUGCCAAGGCUUUCUCAAGCUGAGAAACAUUACAUUGCUCAACUGCUACUAACUGGAUCUCGAGAUCUUUUGAAGAAAACAGCCAAGCAAGUUCUGAGUAGUGACGUGGGCGGACCAAUCGAUAUUUCAAGCAUCCAACUAGCUUUUUCGGAGCGAAUCUCAGAUCUGCCCAAGAGCAGCACCUCGGCUAUUCCAACCCUCCUCCCUGAUCCCGAUAUGAGAUCCAACACUAUCGAUCCCAGUGUAAUCAAGAAAACGGCCGAAGCUUUAUUGACUGGUCAAAAUGCAGUAGUCAACCAAGCCUAUCAUCCCGAGAUGUUGCGGCUAGCCCCUCCCUUGCAUUGCUGUGAAGAUGAGCUGGUGUGGCUGAACAUGACGGUGCCGAGCGAGCACAAGAUCGCCUACGACAACAACAUGUGCGUGUCGAACUGCGCAGGCAUCGAGGCCAAGAAGCUGAUGGUGCGCGCGUUCAAGGGCACACUCACACUGCAACAGCAGCAGCAUCUGCUCGCCGAACUCGAAAACGACCCCAAGCUCGUCUAUCACAUCGGCUUGACGCCCAACAAGGUCAACAAUCAAUACCAUGGCAACAGCUUAUUAUUUCUGUUACAAGGAUCAUUUUUCAAUAGGUUUGAUUGGGGGCCCUAUUUGAAUUAUUUAAAAAAAAAAACUAUCUAUUAG